UCAAAGCCUGAAGCCAGGGAAGCUGAAUUGGGUAGAUUGGCAAUGGUUAAUUAUACGAUUCACGGACUGGCACAUUUAUUGCAUGUCGUAUGGCCUAUUUCCAAACAUUUAAUUAUUACGAAGCAAUGUAGAGGCUUUGAUUUCACUAGUUUUGAUGAAGAGAUGGAGAUUGAUCAGGAAGAUAUUAAUGCUGGAAUGGAAGGAAUUAUUAAUAGCGAAUCAUGGCUCGAAAGAUUGAUGAGAAGGGGUAAUAUAUUUGUGUAA